GGCCCCUUCCCCCACCCGCCCCCAUCUGUCUGCCGGCGUCCGCUUCCUCAUUGGCCGCCCGGCGGUGCUCCGUUGGCGCGAGGGCGGAAGAUGGCGGCGCUGGGCCCACCGCUGCGCACUUUGCGCGGGCUCCUGCGGGAGCUCCGCCACGCCGGCCGCCAGGCUGACCGGCCCUACCGUGAGAUGCCGGCAUACCGGCACAUCCUCGCCUCCUUCCGCGCCCACCGGGUGACCAGCGAAAAGCUGUGCCGUGCCCAGCAGGAGCUCCACUUCCAGGCCGCCACCUACCUCUGCUUGCUGCGCAGCGUCCGGGAGCACGCCGCCCUCCACGAGGAGUACCACGGCAAGGGCGAGCGCUCGACCGAGGAGGUCGCCGGCAUAGUGGGCUUUAGGCUACCUCAGCAGCCGGGAGGGAAGGGUUGAGAUGGUGUUGCUGUGUGCCAUGUUUAUUCCUGAGUAAAUAUCCCAGAAAUACGUUGU